AGGUAUGGCAAGCUGUUAUGGGUGUCAAGGCACGACGAGUGGAAAGAUAUUAUGAGGAGUUGCUGGCUCAAGAAAAUGAUGAUCAGCAUAGCAACUCAUCUGGUCUGUUCAGAAAUUGGAGGAAGCAGAUUGAGAAGGAUAUAAUGCGUACUUUUCCUGGUCAUCCAACUUUGAAUAGGGAUUCCUUGAGGCGUUUACUUUUAGCAUAUGCACGACAUAAUCCCUCUGUUGGUUACUGUCAGCCAAUGAAUUUCUUACUGGAUUAUUGUUACUUGUGAUGCCAGAGGAAAGUGCCUUUUGGGCCUUGGUGACUAUUAUUGAUGAUUACUUUGAAGGUUACCAUACAGAGGGAAUGAUAGAAUAUCAGGUUGACCAACUUGUAUUCGAUGAGUUGAUGCAUGGAAGAUAUCCCAAAUUGGUCAAUCAUCUGGAUUACUUGGGAGUGCAGGUGGCAUGGAUAUGCGCACCUUGGUUUCUUUCCAUUUUUAUUAAUACGCUUCCUUGGGAGAGUGUUCUUCGCAUUUGGGAUGUACUUAUAUUUGAAGGAAAUCGUGUUAUGCUAUUUCGUGCUGCCUUAAUUACAACUAAGGAUGCUGGGGAUGCCAUCAAUUUGCUGCAAUCCCUUGUUGUCUCAACAUUUGACAGCAGCCAACUUGUUUUGACUGCCUGCAUGGGGUUUUUGGCUGUGACUGAUGCUAAAUUGCGAAAGCUGAGAGACAAGCUUAGACCAUCUGUGCUACUGGAUGUUGAGGAAAGAACAAAAAGAAGCCGAUUUACGAAAGCUUCAAAAGGACUUGCAUAUACACGGUACUGUGUAAAAAACGAGCGUGGUUCACUAUUGGAAGAAGCUAAGCUUGUUGAAGAUUUAGCUGAUGGAGAUGAACUUAAGUUGGAGUCCCAUUCCUCUUUUCUGGAUCAAUUGCUUUGUAGCUUAAGUGCAGAUUUAGUUGGUUAUCUACCAGAUAUUUAGGAGCAGGCUGACUGGAUGAAGGUCAAGUUGUG